AUGCCUACUGUUGAUUCAAACUCAGAACUACGUCCUGACGAACAGCUCAUCGACGACGUCGACUCGUCUAUUGAAGAGGACAAUGCAUCUUCAACCCAAAGCAUUUCCAGCUCUAUCUUGAGCUACAGGCAGGAAAACGGGAGGACAUACCAUCGCUACAAGGACGGAAAAUAUCAUCUCCCUAAUGACCAGAUUGAGAAUGAACGGCUAGAUCUUCAACACCACCUUUUCUUACUGACAUUUGAGAAUAAGCUUGGCCUGGCCCCACCAAACAGUCCUGAAGCAACGGCUCAACGGGUUCUUGAUGUUGGUACCGGAACAGGGAUAUGGGCGAUUGACUACGCGGAUGAGCACCCGCAAGCUGAGGUCACUGGCGUUGAUCUCUCACCCAUUCAACCAGACUUUGUCCCCCCAAACGUCCGUUUUAUUAUUGAUGACAUCGACGAAGAAUGGAACUACGCAGAUUCAUUUGACUACAUCCACAGUAGAAUGAUGAUGUUCAGUAUCAAAGACUGGGAAACCUAUAUCCAGAAAAUCUUCAAGAAUCUUGCACCAGGCGGCUACAUCGAAAUCCAAGAGAUCAGCGGCACCAUCUACUCAGAUGAUAAAUCCCUUAAGCCAGAUCACGCCCUAUCUAAGUGGUGCAGACUUCUCGGUGAGGCUUUCACCAAACUAGGCAGCCACUCAAUCGCGUUUGAGAACAUCAAAACCAUCAUGACAGAAGUGGGUUUCACCGAUAUUGUCGAUACACGAUUCAAAUGGCCCACCAAUCCAUGGCCGAAAGACAAGAAGCAUAAGGAGCUGGGAGCUUGGAACAAUGUCAACAACUCGGGAGCGUUGGAGUCGUUGACCUUGGCUUCAUUCUCACGGGCUCAUGGGUGGACUCGUGAUGAGAUUACAAUGUUUCUCAUGGAUGUUAGGAAGGAUCUCAACAACCCGACGAUCCAUGCGUAUAAUCCUAUAUGCUCGAUUUAUGCCAAGAAGCCUGAGAAUUAA